AUGGAGAAGGAUACCUUUAUUGGUGAGAUUGGUGGAAUUGAACUGGAUGGAGCGAGCACUGCCUCGCAGUCGCGCGAAUUGAUUGCCUCAGAGUAUGGAACGAAGACGCGAGAGGUGAUGGACAGACACAAUCCACGCAACUGGAAUCGGAUGCGCAAGACGCUUCUUUUCGCGUCUCUGAUGGGGAGCUCGCUACUUGCUGAUGGUGCAAUGGUCUGGGGAAGCACCCUGAUCACACCACAAGCGAUCGAAUGGAGCGUCAGCAUCACGCACUCCGCGACCAGUAUGAACUAUGGCAUCUUGCUUCAAGGGUUUGGCGGCAUUCUUGCCGUGCCAUUGAUCGAAGCUUACGGUCGAUUCCCCGUCUGGAUUUGGCCCCAAGUGAUCACCAUGUUUAUGGUCCUGGGCGCAACACUCUCGAAAGACUGGACCACUUUCACCAUUUUCCGCACUCUGCAGGGUCUCUUUGGGACAGUACCACAGGUCAUUGGCCUUCCCAUUAUUCAUGAUAUAUACAGUCCGCAUGAAUGGCCUCUGAUGAUCAACAUCUGGGGUACCACCUUCAUGGUCGGUCCAUUUCUCGGGCCCGCUAUCGCCGGCUAUAUUGGCGCUGGCACCAACUGGGUCGUUUCAUUCGGCGUACUGACCGCGAUCUACGGUUUCUCGACACUGAUGGUGCUCGCGUGGGGUGCGGAGACAUACUAUCAACCGGGGAAGAUUCCAGCAUCUCGUCUAGGCUCAUACUUUGGAGUCGGCAAUACGAGUCUACCCAAAUGGAUGACCGUGGUGCAUUGGUGCAAAGUGAUGGUUGCAUAUGUGGUGAAGUUUCCAUUGCUGAUGACGGGAAUGGCGGUUCUAAUGAUCUGUACUUGGCCCAUUGGCAUCGUCACAACACUCGAUAUUUUCCUACAUAGUCCCCCAUACAACAUGAACACGAUUCAAGCGUCUUCUAUGCGAUUUGCGGGCGUAAUCGGCGCACUCGGUGGCUGGCUCGUCGGCUUCAUUUUCAACGAUUGGAUUUACAAGCGCAACCAUACCAAAUGGCGACCCGAGUACCGGCUACAUGGCGUCUGGCUUCCCCUGAUAAGUAUGGUCUGCGGCCUUCUUACAUAUGGCAUGACUAUGAAAUAUGGCAAGCAUUGGAUCGGUAUUGCUAUGGGAUGGAUUAUGGUCAAUAUAGGCAUGGUGGGGACAGUUGUAGCUAUCACAGCCUACGCCUUGGAGAAGUACCCCGAUCAAUCCACCGUCGUCUCUGCCAUUCUCAAUAUGUGGCGAACAUGUGGAGGCUUUGCGGUGGGAUACUUCCAGCCGGCCUGGAUUGCUCGGAAUGGGAUCGGUUUGGUAUUUGGAAUUCAGGCUAUCGUGGUCAGUGUGGCAAUUGUACUUUGUUUGGUCCCGGUGUUCAUUCGGGAGAGGGCGAGGGAGAAAGGGAGGGAAGGGGAGACGAGCGUAGUGAGGGUUGUCUGA